CAGCGCGAAGAUGUGAUUACUAUUACGCCUCCCAAAAGGUUCAAAUUGGUCCGGUUCCAGUGGAAAAACCGUGCGUGUUUGGAAGAUCCUUGGUGAUCCACCCACUCACUCCCAGGGAAACAACAACCUGCUGUUUCUGCGCCGUUGCUGUUUUUUUCAUUCGCGCUAAACCACGCUCUCGUGCGUGCGUGCAUGCGUACGAGUGAAAGUGUCGAAAUAUCAAGAAUUAAGGCGAACGUCUCAUCGCCUUGGCGGUCGUGUUCCCACCGCCGUAAAACCGCGCCUCAGUGUCUGGCCCAGUGUCUCUAGUCGUUCCACAGCCUGGAAAACGGAUAACGGGCCACAUUUAUCCCCAACAAUAUAGCCUUAAAGUAUUCAAAUAACCGGUCAUCGAACGAACCACAAUGUCCGAAUUCACGCAAACCGCAACGGUCACGCAGCAGCAAACCGUAGUGCAGCCGUAUGUACGCUAUGAUCCGGGGUACAUUCGCACGAUACCGGGCAUCGUGAAAAUCGUGUGCAUCGUGCUGAAUCUCAUCGGUUUCAUCUGCAUCGAGUUCUCGUACUUCAGCUUUCGGCCGCAAGGCUCCUUCUUCAACACGGUGGCCAUGCUCGGCUUUUGGUUCAGCGGAAUCAUGCUCGUGUUUUAUCUGUUCCAUGUUUGUGAAAAGUUUCACAAAAUCCCGUGGCUAAAAAUAGAGCUGUACUUUUGUGCGGCCUGGGCGGCUCUGUACAUGCUGGCCUCCUCGAUCGCUGCCGCCACCAGUAUCGAGGCGUUUCAGGCCGCUGCGUUCUUCGGCUAUUGUGCCAUGAUUGGGUAUGGUUUUGAUGCUUUCCUCAAGUUUAAAAGCGUCCGCGCCGGUGAGAUUGCCCAAGGAUCCCGAACCGUCCAGGUGCAGCAACAGCAGCAAACAGUCUCAACGCUUACUGCGUGAAAAGUUGGAAACGCCGGCCGAGGAUGAACAUAUGAUGUGACCAGUUUUCUCUCACAGUAUCUGCGCCAUAGCCGAACAAGAUAUUUGUUGAACUUAACGUUUGUGCGGUAACAUGUUUCGUUUGAUUUUUGCUAUGUUCUAAGCACGUUCGCCCGACAACAACGAAUCGAAAACCACCCCACUUGUGAAAGCACAGAAGCCUUAAACGUAAUCUUAUACUAUUCAACACAUGUCCACUGAUCUGAUAAUCUGUUAGCGAAUCUACAAUCCCACACUUUGUGGAAUAUCGGAAAGUUUACGGAACUCACUAAAAUACGAGAAAGAAUAAGAAUAUAUUCACGUAGGAAACGUUAGCUUUAGAUGUGCACUUGUGCAAGGCGGAUUUCUCUGUAACGCAAUACUGCGUUGCACAUUUUUUCAGAAAUAAACGAUAUACACGCAACCCAUGGAACUGUCACAGCCAGAAAAGGGGAUUCUUUUAGAGUAACUUUAUUUAUUCAAUAAACA